GUUAGGAUUCUCCGGCGAUCCAUUUUCUAGAACCUCACCGUGAGUGUAUUCUCUCUUUCUCUUUCUCUCUCUCACGCCAAUUCCUUUGUUCUGCAACAAUGUCAAUCUUCGAUGGAGCUUUCAUGAAUACAGAGCUCUCCAAACGUACCUCAAUCUUCGGUCUCCGUCUCUGGGUUGUCGUCGGAAUCCUCGUCGGCAUUCUCAUCGUUUUCACCCUCUUCCUCCUCUCUCUCUGCCUCGUCUCUCGCCGCCACCGCCGCCGUGCCGGCGCCGGCGCCGGCAACUACAAAGUUGCCAGAGCCCCAGCUGUGCCCAAGGAAAUCCAGGAGAUAGUGCACCUUCCCGGACCCCACAUGACCCGGCAGCCGUACACGGCGGCGACGGUGCCGGAGAUUCACGUGGACAUCGGCAAGGCUGAGCACCGGGUUGUGGUUCAGUGUGAAAGGGUUUCCAGUGGGGAGAGCAAGAGAACGACGGGGAGUGGGUGUGAAACGACGUCGUCUUUUGGGAGUGGAAGUGUCGUUGGGAUUGGGCCUGAGGUAUCACAUCUCGGGUGGGGGAGAUGGUACACUCUGAGGGAAUUGGAGGAUGCCACUGAUGGGUUGUGUGAGAAAAAUGUUGUUGGUGAAGGUGGUUAUGGUAUUGUUUAUCAUGGGGUGCUCACUGAUGGUACCAGAGUUGCUGUCAAGAACCUCUUGAAUAACAAGGGCCAAGCUGAGAAAGAAUUUAAAGUAGAGGUAGACACAAUUGGUCGAGUGCGACACAAAAAUCUUGUUAGGUUGCUUGGAUACUGUGUUGAGGGAGCCUACAGGAUGCUUGUGUAUGAAUAUGUUGACAAUGGCAAUCUAGAACAAUGGCUGCAUGGGGAUGUUGGAGCUGUAAGCCCAUUGACAUGGGAUAUACGCAUGAACAUUAUAUUGGGAACUGCAAGAGGAUUGGCUUAUCUUCAUGAGGGUCUUGAACCAAAGGUUGUCCACCGAGAUGUGAAAUCAAGCAACAUACUCCUUGAUCGCCAAUGGAACUCCAAAGUUUCUGAUUUUGGGCUUGCUAAGCUUUUAUGUUCUGAGAAUAGUUACGUCACAACUCGAGUGAUGGGGACAUUUGGUUAUGUUGCACCAGAGUAUGCUUGCACUGGAAUGCUGACUGAGAAGAGUGAUGUCUAUAGCUUCGGGAUACUUAUAAUGGAGAUAAUUACUGGGAGAAGUCCUGUUGAUUAUAGUAGACCAAAAGGAGAGGUUAAUUUAAUAGAUUGGUUGAAGACUAUGGUUGGUAAUAGAAAAUCUGAGGAAGUAGUUGAUCCUAAGCUACCUGGGAUGCCAUCUUCAAAGGCUCUUAAACGUGCUCUAUUGAUUGCUCUUCGGUGUGUUGACCCUGAUGCAACAAAGAGGCCUAAAAUGGGACAUGUGAUCCACAUGCUUGAGGCAGAUGACCUCUUAUUCCAUAAUGAACGCGGAACUGGGGGAGAAUCUUCCCUUUCCCAUAAUGAUUAUCAACAAGAGCAUAAGGACUCAAGUUUAGAUAAAAGGACAGAUGAAGGGAUCACUGAUCAAAGUGAAGAUGUUAGUAGCAAAAAUCAUCAUCAGCCCCCCACUAGGUGGAGAUGA